GGAAAACCUAAUAGUCUGGAAGGGGACUUGGGCCCUAGGAAUGAUGAGCCACAGGUACAAUUACAAAAUCAGAGCACUGAAGAUACAAAUGGGAUUGUGGCUAGUUUAGCAGAUGGUACAGAUGAGACAUUUUCUGAAGCAGCUUCAGAGGCAGAGUUGAUAAAGGAUGAACUAGAUGGGGAUUCUUUGGAACUUGAUCCAUCCGUUACAUGUGAAGAAAAUGUAAAUGUAUCGGAGGAAGCCCAAGCACCUAGUGAUAAGGAAAUUGAUCCCAAGAAAGCUGGAGGAAAGAGGAAGUUGCAGACUCAAGGCAAGUGGAGAGGUGUUGACCCUGUUGUUUUCUUUAAAGAUGAAGCCACCAUCAAUAGCAUAAAGACAUUCUAUGGCAUUGAUGAAUCAUUUCCCUUUAAUGGCCACCUUGUCACAAGAAACAGUGAUGCUAAUCAUGUGAAGAGAAUUUACUAUGUCUCAAAGUCAGUCAAAGAUGUUCUUGAACUGAAUUUCUCUGUUGGACAGCAACUUAAGAUAACCUCCAUUGGGCUAAAGAUGUUCGAACGACAAACUGCAAGAGAAGGAAAUUUGGCUCCCUGUUCAUUUCGGAUAUCAUCAGAAGGAUUGCCACUUAUUCUUCCAUACAUCACCAAACAGAUUGUAUAUGCAUCCCCGGUGGACUUUAAGCAUCUUCUUCAAUAUAAAAGUAUCAAGUUUGCAGAUUUUGUUGAUGCUGAGCUCGGUCAGAAAGCAUCAGGCUUAAUGUCAGGAUGCUGUGUAAUAGUUUUGAGGAAAGAUGGCAAAGCCUCGUCGGAUUCCAUUGAAGUAGAUGAGUCAACAAUAGCCAUUGGAUGCUGGAAAGGUAAGUCCAGUUUGUCUGUGAUGGUCACUGCAAUUGACUGCCAAGAACUGCUAGAAAGGCUUUUGAUGCGCAUGGAAACUGAGAAGGGAUCUUUGGAGAAGAAAGACGAAGCCUCUAAUGCCAAGGGGGAUGAGGAACAGGAUAUAGAGGAUAUGGAAAAGAAUG